AUGGAUAACGAGACUCCGAAAAAUAGCUCUUUCGCUUUCCGCAUCCUUUUUGGUGCUUGUCGAGCUUUUAAGGAGGGUCUUUUCAAGAGGUUCGGAAACGGGAGGUCAAUUAACAUUGAUUCGGAUAGGUGGCACCCUAAUAUUCAUCUUAAACCAAACUUCCCGGAAAAUCAUGCUUCGAGAGCUCAAGUUGCAAGGGUUUCAGAUCUGAUUGAUCAUAAUAAAAGGUGGAGGCCUUCCAUCAUCUGGAACUUAUUCCCAGCAGCUGAAGCAAGAGAGAUUUUCGCCACCCAUAUUCCUCAACAUGAGACUGAGGAUGAGAUUGGGUGGAGUCAUACUAAGUCUGGAAACUUCAUAGUUAAAUCUGGUUAUUGGUUUCUAAAUGGAGAAGCCACAAACCUUGUUUCAAACUCAUCUUUCUGGAACCAGUUCUGGAAAUCAAACAUUUUCCCGAAGUGGAAACACUUCCUAUGGAAAAUUUUCAACAAUGCCCUGCCAACAACUGAUAAUCUCACUAGAAGGAAAAUUAAGGGGAUCAAUGUCACUUGUCGCUUGUGCAACAAGAAAAGCGAGUCACUAGAACAUCUGUUUCGAGAUUGUCACAUUGUUCAAAGAAUUUGGAGUUGCUCCUUAGGAAUUGUGGCUUCGAAUGGCAUAAACCUUCCGAUUCAGGAAUGGAUUAAGAACUUUUUUGAACUUGUUCAAAAAAAAAAAAAGAAAGAAGAGGGAAUGUCGAUGGAAAUAGACUUUGUUUCUACCUUGUGGGGAAUCUGGAUCCACAGAAAUGAAGUAACCUUCAAGGGGAUGUCUACUAACCCGGAGAGAAUAAUGAGUAUAAUCAAAGAGCAUUCUUUAAGAGCCGGAAAAGAGAGAAGAAACCGGAAAGAGAUAACAGGUCUGCGGGAUCAGUGCUUGGAAGUUGAAGAUCCGCGCCACCUCGAAUGGUCUAUAGGGAAGGAGGCUGUAGACAACGUGAAAACAAUUGUUGUAGAUGGUGCGUGGAAGAAGAAUGUACGCACUAACCAGUGCCAAGCGGCAAUAGCAUGGAAGAACCUAAACAAUGAUCCUAGAGAAGAAUCAGCGACGAAGAUUUUUGCGAAUUCUGCCGUUCAAACGGAAGCUUAUGCGGUCUUGAAAGCAAUCUCGGAUAUGGAAUGGAGAAGCGCGGGUCUCAUAAUAAAAUCAGAUAAUAGUGAAGUUAUCAUGGCACUAAAAAACAAGCUCGGUACAAAUCAAAACAUUGACAACAUCAUACGGGACAUUAGGAGAAAAGCUAAUAGUUUCUUGUAUAUUUCUUGCAUUAAGGUAAGUAGGGAGGAGGUGAAAUUAGCCCAUAAUCUUGCUAUUUCGGCAAGAAUGAGCUAG